UCAAUUCAGCUGGACGUCACUUCCGUAUCUAAAUAUCGAUCGAGUUGUCGAUUACAUCCCGGAGUUUGACAGGCGAUUUCUAGAUGUAAAGGUUGUAACUGUCGUCGGUAAUCCAUACAUUUUGACAGUAAGGAACAAAUGCUUUAUUUAUAGUCUGUCGACUCGGUUUGACUGUGAAAUUGUGAUGAGUAAACCAAGAAAGCGACCGGAUCUGCGCCUGCCGUCCACCUCUGGAUCUGAGCAACUCGGCUCAGCAGCUGGACUGGAUGGAGACAAGUCCAACACAGGGACUGCAAGCCUGGAGGCAUUGCAGCAGAAGCUGAAAGAAUUGGACCUGAAUGACCAGCAGAGGGAGAGACUGGAAUCUUUCCUCACACAGAAACAACAAGUGGGAGAAUUAUGUGCUGAAGAUUUUGAGAAGCUUGGAGAACUUGGAGCAGGAAAUGGUGGAGUUGUUCUGAAAGUGCGCCACAGCAAACUUGGUCUAGUUAUGGCCAGAAAGCUUAUACACCUUGAAAUAAAACCAGCAGUCCGCAAUCAGAUCAUCAGAGAACUCAAAGUCCUCCACGAGUGUAACUCUCCCUUCAUCGUAGGUUUUUACGGUGCAUUCUACAGUGACGGUGAAAUCAGCAUUUGCAUGGAGUACAUGGAUGGUGGAUCAUUAGAUCUGAUUCUGAAAAAAGCUGGCCGGAUACCGGAGCAAAUACUGGGCAAAGUUACAGUGGCUGUUUUAAAAGGCCUGUCAUACCUGAGGGAAAAACAUCAAAUAAUGCACAGAGAUGUAAAACCUUCCAAUAUAUUAGUGAACUCGCGUGGAGAGAUAAAGAUCUGUGAUUUUGGUGUGAGUGGUCAGCUCAUAGAUUCUAUGGCCAACUCUUUCGUAGGCACCCGAUCUUAUAUGUCGCCUGAGCGUCUUCAGGGAACUCACUACUCAGUCCAGUCAGAUAUCUGGAGUAUGGGACUGUCCCUGGUAGAAAUGGCGAUCGGUCGCUACCCCAUUCCUCCCCCAGACCCCAAAGACCUUGCCAGCAUUUUUGGGGAGGAUGUUCUAGAGGAACAUAAGGAAGCAUCUAAAACAGGAAAACCACUCAAGGGAUCAAACAGAAAUAGCUUUAGCUUCCCCACGCCGCCCGGCAGUGAUGGACCACGCCCCAUGGCCAUUUUUGAGCUUUUAGAUUUUAUUGUCAAUGAGCCUCCACCUAUGCUUCCAAAAGGGAAAUUUUCUGAAGAAUUCAUCGACUUUGUCGACAAAUGCCUGAAGAAGAACCCGUCUGACCGAGCUGAUCUGUCCUCACUGAUGGUUCAUCCAUUUGUAACCCGGUCAGAGACUGAAGAUGUGGACAUUGGUCACUGGGUGUGUAAGGUGAUGAAGACAAAUUCAGAAACCUAGAGACAAUGUUUCAGUCUAACUGUGGUUUACCCAACGUCACCUCUGGAGGCAUGCUAAGGUGUUACAAUGAUUGAUCGUUGGGAUCGACUGCUGACCAUUUAUAGACAGAAGCUGCUGGACUUGUAUCUCUUGUAUAUCACAGUAUAGCAUGUUGUAACGAGGUGUGGGUAGGUUUGAGGGCUCACCAUCACAGGGGGCUGUCUCGCUUCAUUGUUCUUAUGUACACACACUCUCUCCUAGUAUCACGAACAAAAACAGUUUAAUCUUCUUUCAAAUGGAGAUGUGAUGUAAAGUUACAAUGUACUGUGAAGUUUAAAAGACCUUUAUGUAAAGAAAAAGGAAGUUAAGGUCAGUCUUUACAAAGGAAAAUUGUAUUUUUAGAUAACAUGAUAACUUUGUUGUUACUGGAAUGUCAGGAGGGAUGAAUGCUGGGAGGAGACUAUUCUGAAGGUUCUGAUGGAAUAGGUUUGGCUGGUCCUUAUUACAUAGCAUCACUAUUUGUGUUGAAGACUGAUGUGUGUUUGUAGCUCCUGGAGGCAAGUAAAUAGUCGUAAUUAUAUGAAAACUUUCAUCAAACUGAGAGUAGUAAAAUGUUUAUCUGUUUUGUAAGAUCUUCUCCGUAGUAAUUGGAACUUUAUGUACAUGUAUUACAUGUUUUAUUUUUUAAUUAAA